CUAUUGAGAAUACAGAAAACCAAGAUUAUUCUACCGAAAAACUUUGGGAUGCGUUCAGGUUAGGAGUAGUACCUAUUAUUUGGGGUGCACCUAAUAGUCGCACUUACAUACCGGAUCCUAAAUCGGCAAUUUUUAUCCAAAC